GCCCAUUUCACAUCUCGCAGGAUAUAAAAUCUCUCUGUGAGAGAGUCGAUCACUUCGCUCUCUGAAUACCUUCUUUGUCCUUGCAACCGAAAGUUCGUCAUGGGUUCCAUUGCUCUCCUUGGCUUUCUGUUGACUGCACUUGUAGCAGUAAGGCCUGUUGAUGGUGCGAUCUUGUACGGAUGUGGAACUUUCGCCAUUGGACCGUCUGAAUUCCAGUGCAAGUCUUUCGCAUUCUCGCCGGCAUUUUCGUCUGCGGACGUCACAGCUGGAAUCCACGUACAGAUCUCUCUGUAUAUGACUGACCUACCUGGACCGACCUACGAACCAGCGGUGGGCUGGGUCGAGAAUGUCACUCCUUCCGGUUUCACCUCCUGUGUUGAGACUUCGGCUGAGAUCACUUCCACAAGAGCUGUCACACUACAGUGGAUGGCUUUUGCGGGCAAUCCCGAAAAUGGUUUGGCGGGAACUGCCGUCGUGCCCUUGUUUACAGCGGGAACCGAGUGCGUUGAUGUGGACUUCAUCGGAGUGACAUUUUCGACAACUCCGCACGUGUUUGUAACCGCUGUCCACAUUGACCCGCUAAGUAACUCCCAUGAUGCAGCGAGCGUGUGGGCGGAGGGCGCCACUCGAUAUGCCUUCAAGAUUUGCUUGCGGGAGCUAAAGAACUUUGACGGAGUUCAUCAGAACAUCAAAGUGGAUUGGCUUGCCCUCAAAGGUAUCCCCUCAGGAUGGGCCGUCCGGAUAGGCACUUCGGUCACACUGCCAAACACUGAAGACCUGACGGCCAGUACGAGAUACAGCUUCUGCAAGGAUGUGACGUUCAGUAAUGAAUUUUACGCCGCCCCAGUGUUGAUAACCACAGCUCAUCACACCACUAACUUGCAAACCAACCCUAAAGCCAUCUCCCCGGAUAAUAACGCCAUCACUGAGUGGAUUGAGUCGGUGAACAAAACUGGGUUCAAGGUGUGUAUGAAGGACAUUCAGCCUUUUGACGGUCACCACGACCCCGUGGACAUCGAGUACCUCGCCAUCGGCAACCUUGAUCCUUGUAUCGAGGUCACGUGCGAUUUCUUUGCCGUAUGCCAGGCAUUCGGGCCCAAGGAUGCUCGCUGCAUCUGCCCGCACAACUGUGCAACAUAUGAGAACCAGAGAUGUGGAGAAGACAACGUCACGUACACCAACGAGUGCACCCACCAGAAAGCCAUGUGCGACCAGACACAGACCAUUGGUAUCCGUCACAUGGGACCUUGCUUCCCUUUCAUUUUGCACCGUGGCCGCGUUCUUCUCACCCUGGAUACUACAGACGUACAGUGCAACACCGUGCCCUACGCCGCCCCCACAUUCCUACCGCACUACCACGUGCACGUGCAGGCCAGCAUCAACUAUUACUCGCACGCGCCCAGCUCGCCUUACAUACACGACGCUGCCGUCGUCUGGGCAGAGAACGUCGGACUUACCAACUUCACUGUGUGCGCACUAAAAGCCGGACGCACGGACCGGGCCACGCCGGACGGAGGCAACACUUAUAUCGACUACAUCGCGUACCAAGGAUCCCCCGCAGGGGCUGUGGCGGGCGAGGAGAGCAUGGAGAACUGGUGGGAUGGGACGUACUGCAAGUCUGUCACGCUACCUUCCGGCAAGUUCUCGAGCAAGCCAUACAUCAUUACGUCAGCCCAGCACGCGGUGAUUGGUCAGAAACACGAUGCAGCGACCACGUGGGUUGAGGACGUCACCACCUCGUCUUUCCGUAUCUGUCUGCGAGAAAUGCAAAACUUCGACGGUCUGCACAGCAGCAUUAGCGUGAACUGGAUGGCAUACGAGACGUUACCAUCUACCUUCCUGGCUGAAAAGAGGACCCUCGCAUUCCCAAAUCUGGGUCUUCCCCUUGCUGCCGACAAUAACGCAUUCUGUCAGGUGAUGGCUUUAAACGGAAACUACACGUCCCCGCCCACAAUGAUAGUGACGUCAGGGCACAGCACGUCACAAGGCGUGAUCCCGGAGUAUAACAGCAUUGCAUCUUGGGUAGAGUACAUCACAACUAACAGCACCAAGAUCUGCACCAAGGAGCUGCACACACCGAACGGUUACGACCCCGUCGAGGUCACCUCUCUCAUCAUCGGGUCAUAGAUGUUCUUGACUCGACCAGUUCACUGCCAAUGUAAUAUUUUCAGAACGAAAAACGGAUUUUACAUAUGGCCAGAUCUAAUAGAGGGAAAUAGAUGCAAAUAGAUGUAUUAUUUAUUUAUCGAAAAAUAUUUAUAUAACUAUAGAAAGACUAUUCUAAUAAAAUCAUUCAUUACAAAA